AACAAACCACCCACUUAUUUUGUAGGCUACCGUUGGGAAGUCACUAGAAGUUUAACGUUAGCGAAGCUCCACGAAAAUGACACAGACGAACCUAAUGACUUCGCUGGGGUGGUUCUGAUAAGAAAAGGACGUUUACUUGUGUGAAUUUCGGGUUACUAUUUAGUUAGCCCACCUGCAGUGGGGUGGCUAGUCUUGUAGAGGAACCGCUGUGGCUGCUAGCGAAUAUCGUUAGCCGCUAACUACCGCAGCUAGCGAGCUAACUAGCCGUUUCGCCCGAGUGAAGUGACUAAGUCGCGGCGUGCGACGCUAACAACGCCGACCCUGCUUCUGGAGGGCUACUAAGUUGGAUAUAUUCCUUGGAGAGCUUCGUUGCUGCCGCAGGUGCCACCAGACAACACCAGUGCCAGCUGCAUUGUUGUGCUUCUCCUCUGUCCUCUUCUCAUUGUUGGCGGCGCGUCCUCACUGCACAUCGUCCAGGCAUGCUAGCAACGGCUGCAGCCAGCUAGAGUGAUGACAUUAGCUAACGAAACUGUUGUUGUUUUUGGCCAUUUGUGAGUGGAUGCUGUCACUGGUACGAGCUUUGGGAGAUCGAAGGGGUUGUAUCGUCCCAUCGUGACGCCUGUACUUUCAUGUCGUAUCACCCGACAGCUAGUAAUCUCUCCAGAAGAACCAGACGCGGAGCAUGCAGGAGAAGAAAAGAUUUCAGAUAAGUAGAUAGGGGACGUCGGACACAACCGAGUUGAACUGGACUGUGUGGUUCACCACCAAACAGGGAUUGCAUUGACAGAGAAAGUAAAGGAUGAAGAAGUUUUCCAGAAUGCCAAAGUCCGAGAGCGGCGGACUCGGAGGGGCGUCCGGGUCCGGUUCCAGCUCCGGAGUCAGCAGCUACUUCGGUAAAGUGUUUGCUGUCGGCCGGUAUCAAGUCACCGUGGAAGAGCUUGUGGCAGAGGGAGGCUUUUCAGUGGUGUUUCUGGCUCGUACGCACAGCGGUGUCCGCUGUGCUCUCAAAAGGAUGUAUGUCAACAACGUCCCGGACCUUAACGUCUACAAGAGAGAGAUCACGAUCAUGAAGGAGCUGUCGGGCCAUAAGAACAUUGUCGGCUACCUGGACUCCACAAUCAACGCAGUGUCAGACAGCGUCUGGGAGGUCCUGAUCCUCAUGGAAUACUGUAAAGCGGGUCAGGUGGUGAAGCAGAUGAACCAGCGGUUGAAUGUGGGCUUCACUGAGGCUGAGGUCCUCAACAUCUUCUGUGACACCUGCGAGGCUGUGGCCCGCCUGCACCAAUGCAAGACGCCCAUCAUCCACAGAGAUCUCAAGGUUGAAAACAUCCUGCUAAACGACCAGGGAAAUUAUGUGCUAUGCGACUUCGGCAGUGCCACUCACAAGAUUUUGCUGCCACAUAAAGAUGGAGUGACCGCUGUGGAGGACGAGAUUAAGAAGUACACAACCCUUUCAUAUCGGGCGCCAGAGAUGAUUAACUUGUACGCAGGGAAAGCCAUCACCACUAAGGCUGAUAUAUGGGCACUUGGAUGCUUGUUGUACAAGCUGUGUUUCUUCGCACUUCCAUUUGGGGAGAGUCAAGUUGCCAUAUGUGAUGGAACCUUUAUCGUUCCGGAUAACUCCAAAUUCUCCUUCAAGUUGCACUGUUUAAUCAGAUAUAUGCUCGAACCAGACCUGGAGAAGAGACCAGAUAUUUACCAAGUGUCCUCCUUUGCCUUCAAAUUAGCUGGAAAAGACUGUCCAGUGCCAAAUCUCUUUAACUCCCCCAUCCCUACGUCGCUCCCAGAGCCUCUAACGGCUAGUGAGGUCGCUGCAAGGAAAAGUAUGACAAAAGCCAGGAUAACGGAGUCUGUGGGGCCGACGGAAACAUCAAUAGCUCCCAGACAGAGGCCAAAAGCAGCAAACAGUAACGUCUUGCCCCUCGCUAAUACUGUCACCCCUGUCAAGAUGACCGUGCCUUCAGCACCUGUCAGCAACGGCCAGAAAGCUCCCACCCCUGGCUCAGGGCAAACAUCCAUGCAGCCCCAGCCCAGCAGUCAGCAGCACCGAGUCCUGCAGCAGCUACAGCCUGGUGACCUGCGUUUACAGCAGCUACAACAACAUCCCCACCACCACCACCACCACCAACAGCAAGCUGUGCAGCAGCAUGCACAGCAACUCCAAUACCUCCAAUACCAACAGGCUGUACAGCAAUCCCUCCAGCAGCAGCAGCAGGCCCAGCUCCAGCAACAGCAGCAGCAGGCCCAGCUCCAGCAACAGCAGCAGCAGGCCCAGCUCCAGCAACAGCAGCAGCAGGCCCAGCUCCAGCAACAGCAGCAGCAGGCCCUGCUCCAGCAGCAGCAGAUGAUGAUGCAGCCGAUGUACCAGCAGCAGGUUGCUCAGGCCCAGGCCCAGGCUCAGUAUGCAGCCAUGCUGCACCAGUACCAACAGGCUUUUGUCCAGCAGCAGCAGCAACAACAGCAGCAGCAGCAGCAGCAGCAGCAUCAUCAACAUCAGCCUCAGCAGCAUCACCCCGCUCAGCAGCCUCUCCCCUAUAUGUCCUCCCCUCUUGAGUUCCAGAUUCCGUUGGGUUCCUAUAAUGCGACCACGCCCACAGCAGGACCUGGCCAGAUGGGGGGACCAUCUCCUGUGGAUCCCUCAUACACUAACCCCAGUAGAAACCCACUGCUUGCUUCAGAUGGGAUCACGACACCCUCUCAGAGCUGCAACAGUGCAGUCAGUAACCCCCCCGACAUGUCGGGCUGGAACCCUUUCGGAGAGGACAACUUCUCCAAGUUGACAGAGGAGGAGCUGAUUGACCGGGAGUUUGACAUGCUCAGAGCAAAAAAGCCGGUGGAGAGAACAGCCAGUGUGGAAACAGACCGACUGCAGCCUGCUGCAUCCGCUGCCAAGCCCCCCCUACCAGAGGACCUGUUUGGCUCAGUCCCGUUUGUGGCCAACGCAGGUACCAAUGUGAUAAAGACUGAGCAGAACAAUAAGGAUGUCGCCGUUCCUGCCCCUGUGUCAACCAUUGCAGAGGAUCUGCAGCAGCAGCUGGUGGCGGCCAAGGAGCACAAACCAGGCAAGAAGAGCACUUGUAGACCAGGUGAAGAGUCCGACAGUGACUUCGAGUCCGACCCUCCUUCGUCAAAAAGCAGCGAGGACGAAGAGCUGGAGGAGGAAGAAGGCCUGAAUAGUGAGCACGGAGAAGACACUGAGCCAGAGAAUUUAGGACAGAGGCCUUUGCUGAUGGAAUCAGAAGAAGAGGGAGAGGAGGAUGAAGACCAGCAUAGCUCUGACUCCGAUUACGAUCCCAGCAGGGUCAAGAGCCGCUCAAAGAAAGCUCUGACUGCUAAAGCCGCUUCAGCAGCCACCAGAGGUCCUCGGAAGGAUUCCGGCAUGACUCUGAUCACCCCGCCUGAGUCGCCCAGUGGAGCGAGAGCUGCUCCAGCUGAGGAUCCUGUGGAUGUUUUUGGUGCUGUUCCCUUCCUCGGAGGAGCCUCGCCUGUCGGGCCUUCAGAAAGCUCAGACAUCUUUGCCAAAGCGCCUUUCAGGCAAGUCAGCCAUGAGCAGCAAGCUGCGGACGAGUUUGAUGUUUUUACCAAAGCGCCAUUCAACCGGAACCUCUCUAAGUCGGGCAAGAGUGGUAGUGAUGUUCCCAUGGGCCAAACGCCACCCGUUUCCCCUGAGGGCAUUGACAUUUUCGGCUUCUCUCCCUUCCAGCCUGGCCCCACCGAACCGCCUCCCACCACCUCUAGAAGUGCAGAAGAUAUCUUCCGGCCAUCUUACGAGGAAUCAGCCAGCCCUCAGCAGCAGAGGCUGAAGCAGCGCAGCCUCCAGAAGCUGUCGUCACGCCAGAGAAAAACGAAGCAGGAGGCCACAGCAGGCGGCAGCAAUGGCAAACGCCACCACGGUACACCAACUGGGGGCCGCAAGACCAACAAGCCAACAUACCGCACACCUGAGCGAGUCCGCAGACACAAGAAGGUUGGUCGCAGAGACUCGCAGAGCAGCAACGAGUUCCUUAGCACCUCUGACUCUAAAGAGAACAUCAGUGUUGAUAUAACCAUGGCUGAAGGUAAAGACAAAGGAGCUUCUCUGCCGGUAGACGAGGCCCUUUUAGACCCGUUUGGAGCCAAACCUUUCCAUCCUCAGGACUGCAGCCGGCACGGCCAGUACCAAGGAAUCACCGACAGCAAGAGCGACAUGGGCACAGCCAAUGGCAAGUCCUGGAUGGGUUCUCUUCCUGGUGAUCUUGGAGAAAGCAGAAACAUGGAUGAUUUCGGGGCGGUGCCCUUCACAGAAAUGGUCAUCCACAGUGGACCACAGCAGCCUCCGCCACCCUCGCAGCCGCUGGAGCUCGACCCGUUCGGAUGUGCACCUUUUCCCUCGAAGCAGUGACUUAUCUCGCAUCUUCCCGCUGUGUCAGUUGCUGUUAAAUAACCCCUGAGCUUUUUUUAUUUGGGGGGGUGUCUUGGGAACAUAUUCAACCAAUCAAGAAAUGACAAGACAACAAUGUCCUAACAUUUGAAUACAUCUUUCAGUUUCAGUAACUAAAACCCAAAAUCCUGUGGAGUGAGUAAUGUUUCCACAUAUCUUUCAGCUGUACCUGUUUGCUCAGAAGCCUUUUAUGCUGCAUCUUAACGCUUGGAAAGACGUUUGAAACGGAAAACCCACUCGAAAAUCGUACUGUGAUAAGCUUUACGUAUGACCGCUUGACUCACUGCAAAAAGCUCUUUAUGGCCUGCCUUGUGAUCUACAAAUGUUGUUUUUAGCACCACAAAGCCUUACCCGAGCUGGGCUCUGCCUUGCUGCACAGUACCUCGGAAACUACGACACAGUCGGCCCGUGUUGGCCUUUAAUGUCAGCGGAAUUGUUUGGCAGUUGACCUUAACCACUUUGUUUUAACCUUAUUAGGCCUUUUUCUAUGCAUAAUUUCACAGUAGUCUAACGCAGGCAAAUAUGGCGAUGAUAUGUGUAGCGUUAAACUUUGAAAACUACAAGGGAUUGAAUUUUGUUUUUCCUUAAAAAGUUAGAUCUACUAAUUGGGUCAGGUUUAAAUUUAGGUUCUUAAAUGUUUUCUUUUUCAUUCUGGCAGUAAACUAUGUACUGUUAACUUUAUUUUUCAUUAAGUUACAACUCAACAACACAUUCUGUUAGAAAUAAGGAAGAAAUGAAAGCCACAUUAGCCCACUAGUCUAGGAUUGUGUUUUAAGAACUACAAAAAGUCACAAGCUGUGCUGUUUUCUCAGCAAUGUAAGUGCUCCUAACAUUUGAUGUCGUGGCAUUUUCAGAAUAAUUUAUGCUUUAGAAUAAAUGAGAAAUGCACCUUUUUACAGGAUACGGCUGGUAGUAUUCUAUACGUUUUGUUAUGUCAACAAAUCCCAGGAAAAGACCAAAAUCAACAAGGUGUGACUUCCUCACCCUGUCAGUGGCUCUCAGCACCAGUCCGUUGGAUACUCGAAGAGGUAAAUCUUUAAUGGGAUCAUUUUAUGUCAUGUGAAAUAUGCUUAUUCACUUUAUUGUUGAGAUAUUUUAGAAAAUUGAUACCGCUCAAGACUGGUAACAGACAAUUUUGUGCCCAGAGCAGUGACGUCUUCGAGUCCCUCUGGUUUCCUGACAAGACUCAAGGAAUAACUGUCUGGCCAAUAGUAGAGUGCACAACCCCCCAUAAAAUCACAACAAUAAAGGAGAUAUAACAUGCUAAUCAGGUGCUGGUAGUAAUAACAGAUCAGGAUAUUGGAUACACACACAAUACUUAAUAGAAUCAGUUUGUUUCAUGUUAUUUGUUGACAGUAUCAACAGUAUAGAAUAUCACCAGUUGUUCUUCAACACAGGUCCACUGACAGAAAUCUGUGAUAUACAAUCAGGCCAUUUACCUUCAUGAAUGCACUUUUCAGUGCUGAAUACUUCCAUGAACUAGAUCUGUGUGCUCCACAUCGACGGCCUUAAGCGCUGCAUUAGCACAACCAUUGGCACAUUUAUUCGAAUUAAACCUGCAGGUUGCCGUGUUUUCACCAGUGGAGCCACUUGAUAUAACUACUUGCCAUCUUUUUUUUCACAAGGGGACAUCUUGUAUUGUAUUUAUCAUGCUAUACUGCUGUUUGAUGCAAUAAAGUCCUCUCACUGCA